AUGGAAAAAGAACAAUAUCGAUUCAUGAUUCGCUUUUCAUUUUUGGAUGGAAAAACGUGCGAAGAAAUAAAAACGAAGUUGGACGCCGCCUAUGGGAACCCUUCACCAUCUAUGACAACCGUCAGAUAUUGGUUCAACGAAUUCAAACGUGGUCGUUCGUCUGUUUUUGAUGAGGAGCGCCCAGGCCGCCCGGCAGACGUGGUUACUGAGGAAAUCGUUGAAAAAGUUCACGACAUGAUUCUCGCUGAUCGCCGAACGAAAGUGCGUGAAGUAGCAGAGGCCAUAGGCGUGUCGUAUGGAACGGCAUUCAAUAUUUUGCAUGAUAAUUUAGGAAUGAAAAAGCUGUCGGCUCGAUGGGUGCCGCGAUUGCUCACGAUUCAUUACUACACACCGGAGACCAAGAUACAGUCAAAACAGUGGAUUUCACCCGGCGAAUGUGGUCUGAAGAAGGCCAAGGCGCAUUCCAAAAAACAGUGGCCAUCGGCCGAAAAAGUGAUGGCCACUGUUUUUUGGAAUGCGCAAGGCAUAAUCUUCAUCGACUACAUGGGGAAAGGCAAAACUAUCACGGGCAGUACUACGCUGAUUUAUUGGGCCGAUUCGAUGUUGAAUUGA